AUGCCACCCACUCGGGACCGAAUGGCAAACUCCCAGGGCAGACAGAAGUCUUGCUCCGAAUGCGCCAAAGGAAAGCGCAAAUGCGACCUUGGCAAUCCCAGCUGCAGGCGAUGUGUGAAACAGCGCCUAACAUGCAGCUAUCCACAGCCACGUGGACAAAUAGUGCAAUCUACGUCAAUCUCGGAUGAGUCUGCAUAUGGCAGAAACGAGUACGGUGUCCCGUCUGUUCCAAUCGAUGCAGAUGUUGAGCAUGCCUCUGCACCCGAUGAUUUCGGCUUACCAACCGACACUAACAUUGCUGAAUUCGACUUUGGUACCGCCGUUGCAUCUCUGGAGUCAUUAUCAGACAUGCUAUAUACUUCGCCCAACGAUCAGUCCCUGGCUCUCAAUCGAGUUGUUCAUCAUCAACCGCAUACUUUUUCAGUCUCGUGUCUUUCUCCCUUCGCAAAAUCACGCGUCGAAUGGCCGAUCGAGCAACUAAAACUUGCCCCGAGAGCCAUGGUCGAACAAAAUGGCACUCCUUGGCAGCAUGCCAUGUUAUACCAGGAGCAUAUGCCUCAAGUCCUUCAGGAUGCCUAUGCAGCUUGCGCCUUGUACAUCGCCAAGAACACUAUAAACAACGACUUCAUCGCCAACUUCAUCAAGAGGCAUGUAGAAGCGAUCAUCAGCUCCCCAAUUCCAGAACAACCCGUCGAUCUGCUAGCAAGAGCGCACGCCCUCAUGCUGUAUCAAAGUAUGCUUGUAUUCGGUGGGGACAUCAGCCUGUACAGCCAAGCUGAAUCAUUACUGUCAUGCAUGAACGAGGUCGCCUAUGCGCUUCAUAGUCUUACUGAUUAUCAAGAAGACCCUACCGGCUCGAUAUCACUUUAUCCGAGUGCCGUCGCACGCGCUUCGUGGGCUGCCUACAUAUUCCGUGAAUCACUACGGCGCACAGUGCUCGCUCUUUUUCAUUUCGUCACCAUGUGUCAACUCAUGCGCGGCCAGCUCAAGUCAUGCAACGAGGAUCGCGCAUUAGGAUAUAAAAUGACCAUCUCUGCGCAGCUGUGGAGUGCGAAGAGCGCGUUUGACUAUGCUGUUACUUGGAACAACCAGAGACAUUUCAUUGUAAAAGAGCUGGAUUUCUCUGGAGUUUUGAGGGAUGCGAUGCCAGAAGAUAUAGAUACACUGGGGAAGAUGAUGAUGAUCUGUUUGAAAGGAGAAGAUGAUAUCAGAGGCUGGUUUUAUACAAGAGGUGGUGUCCUUUGA